AUUUGUAUUAGUUUUUCACAGUCAAGUUGGAUUUCACGACGAACGUGAAGCUGGACAACGUUGCAUAAUCUGCAUUUGUAGAUUAUCUCUAAUCUUUUUUCCAAAUUCUUGAUUAGAACCGUACAAUACUUGGCAAUGACAUCUUUUAUUUGGAUCAAAGUCAAAGGUUUGACAUGGAGCGAUAAAUUUUCUGAGUACGUUUUAUGGUUGAUGGCAUCAUUUUUGACAGAUGUAUGGCAGCUUAAUUACAAGAUUGCAGCCACAGGUGUCAAUAUAUUUAGGGGCUUGGCAGAUAUAGCUCCUUUAUUUUUGCAACAAGUUGUGGAUUCUUACUUGGGGAUUGGUGUUUUUGUCAUUAUCAGCAUUAGGAACUUGCAAUACAAUGGGGAAUAACUCGUGCCAUGUUAAAAAAAGAUACAAGUUCUUGUUUUUCUUAGCAUUACCUCAAUUGCUUGUGGGUAUAUCCUUCCAUAAAUUAAACUCAUUAGAAGAGCUUCUUAGUGAAGUUGAGUGCUCAAAACCAUCUAAACGGUUGCGCUUGAACGACAAAGUUGCUUUGAUA